AUGACAAAAUGUGAUGUUGGGGACUUAAAUAGAAGAGUUAGACGUGGACGAGAACGCCUUGCCCAAGAGGUUGAAAUUCCACCACCUCCUCCAAUCUCUGCUGAAAAAUCUGAGCAGUUAUCUUUGCUGGAGGAGAAGAUUAAAAACCUGCUGGAACAAGUGGAGUCUCUUGGUGAAGCUGGCAAGGUUGAUGAAGCUGAAGCGCUCAUGAGAAAGGUGGAGAUGCUUAAUGCGGAGAAGACUGCCUUGACUCAGCAACCCCAGAAUAACAAAGUCUUAAUGAUUGCGCAGGAGAAAAUAAUGUCUCUAUGUGAGAUAUGUGGUUCUUUUCUAGUAGCAAAUGAUGCUGCAGAGAGAUCUCAGUCUCAUGUCACUGGCAAGCAGCACAUUGGCUAUGGCAUGGUCAGGGAUUUCAUCUCUGAGUAUAAGGCAGCUAAGGAGAAGGCACGGGAAGAGCAAAGAUUAGCAAGGGAGAGAGAAGCAGAAGAACGCAGGAAGCAAAGGGAAAAGGAAUCCGAGACUAGACGUAGAAGGAGUGAGUCAUCUGACAGGGACAGGUAUCAUGAUAGGGAUCAAGAUAGGAAUUGGGAUCAGUACCGAGAACGAGACCGUAACUGGUCUCAAGAGAGGAAAAGUAAGGGAAGCCGGGAUGGGGGAAGAGGGUAUAGCAACUCCAGAAAUGGAAGAGACAGAAGCAGGGACAGGUACCAUGAACGUGAUAGGAGCAGGUCAUGUUCCCCUGUUAGGCAUGGUUACGGGAGGAGAUCCAGAAGUCCAGUUCACCCCCACCCAAAUUAA